AUGGCCGUGUUUAAGCCUGGGUCGUCCACCGAACCCACGUCUGAAAUCGAACUGACGCUGUCUUGCAGAAACUUAUUGGACUGUGAUGUAUUUUCAAAAUCUGAUCCAAUGUGUGUUGUAUUUAUGAAAACACCAGAAACUACCAAAUGGGUUGAAAUUUGUCGUACUGAAUGUAUUAAUAAUUCUCUAAACCCUAAUUUUGUAACAAAAGUCCAUGUGUUGUAUCGUUUUGAAGUUCAGCAAUUGAUAAAGUUUGAAGUAUAUGAUGUGGAUUCAAACCUGCAUGAUCUGAAAUUCCAAGAUUUUUUGGGAUCGUGUGAAACCACUCUUGGACAUAUUGUGUCUUCGGUAACACUUACUUUACCUCUAAAAGGAGUAAAAACUAAUAACAAAGGUCAAGUGAUUGUUAAAGCAGAAGAGCUCCCGGCAUGUCAUGAUGAAGUCACUUUACAAUUUAAUGGAAAAGAUUUAGAGCGAAGUGAUUGGGUAUCAAGAUUUUUUUCUUGGAUUGCAAAAGCUUAUCCGUUUUUAGAAUUGUUUAAAGUUGGUGAAGAUGGACAAUAUCAAUUAGUAUAUAGAACUGAAGUUGUUAAUUGGACAAAUAAUCCUACUUGGAAACCAAUAACUUUACCUGUUCGUUCUUUGUGUGGUACUGAUUUUGAUAGAGACAUUAAAGUAGUAUGUUAUCAUUUCAAAUACAAUGGAAAUCAUUCCUUAAUAGGAGAAUUUCAUGUUACAAUGAAUCAAUUGAAAAAAGGCCCUGGUCCAGAAAAUGAUCAUAAAUGUGUCAAACCUAAGUCAUCUAAAAUUUGUGGAAGCAUACGUCUGAAUCAUUUUGACCUGAAAAAGACAUUCACAUUCCUUGAUUACAUAAUGAACGGUACACAAAUAAAUUGUACAGUUGCUAUAGAUUUCACAGCAUCGAAUGGAGAUCCAAAAGAUCACAAUUCUUUACAUUACCUUAGUAACAGACCCAAUCAAUAUGAACAAGCACUGGUAGCUGUCGGGGAUAUUAUUCAAGACUAUGAUAGUGAUAAAGUGUUUCCAGCUUUGGGUUUUGGUGCCCGAAUUCCACCACACGGAGAAGUUUCCCAUGAGUUUUUCUUGAAUUUGCAAGCCAGUGAUCCAUACUGUUCUGGAAUUGAAGGUGUGAUCAAUGCAUACCACCAUUGCAUUAGGAGUGUUCAGUUAUUUGGUCCGACAAACUUUAGUCCAGUAAUUAACCAUGUUGCAAAGUUUGCCCAAGCAUACCAAGAUGGAACACAGUAUUUUAUUCUGCUGAUCAUAACUGAUGGUGUUAUAACAGAUAUGUUCCACACUAAACAGGCCAUAAUCCAUGCGUCGUCUUUGCCUAUGUCAAUUAUCAUAGUGGGGGUAGGUAAUGCAGAUUUUGAUGCAAUGGAAGAACUGGAUGCUGAUACGGUUCCAUUAGAAGUCAACGGUGUACGCGCAUCUAGAGACAUUACACAAUUUGUAUCGUUUAAAGAUUUCCAGUCAUGUGAUAAUCCAACUUUAGCCAAGGCAAAUUUAGCCCGAGAGGUGCUUGCUGAAAUACCCAAUCAGAUUGUAGGCUACAUGAAAUCUAAAAAUAUCAUUCCAAAAAAUUUAAAAAAAUAA